AUGAAUCUUCGUCUUAUAGUUAUUGGUGUCGUGGUGGUCAGUGUAGUAGCAACGACUAUUUCACUUCUGGCUCAUUUUUUGCAUCUCGCUAAAAGGAAUCAAUCGAAUACGACUAAUUUUUCAAAUACAACAGCAACACUUAGUAGUGGAACAUCUGACAAUAUGCCUACAUUAACGGGUAUAUCAACUAAUAAACCAAUAACUACUACUCAAAAUCCAAUUCAAAGUUUCACAUUUCGAACAUCGAGUCAAUCUCCGACUACAACAAUGGAGAAUUCUCGAUCAUCAACUUCUCAGGUGUUCGGAAUAGCGACGACUACAAAGGCUGAUCAAGUAACCCAACCAACUACAAACAUAUUAAUAUCAACUGGGAUAAAUGAUACCGAUCAAGGUUUGGAAACUGACGAAACCAUUUCAUCAACAUUUUCCUCAAGUAGUAUAAUGAGAGAAACGACAACAAGUUUACCAUCCUAUUGGAACAUGGAUGCAUUGCUUAUGCGACCAAGAUCGAAGUUUGGUACUGUCCUACUUCUCAAUAAACUCAUUUUAGUUACCGGUGGUUACAUCAAUUCAACCGUUGUCACAUCGGGGACUGAAUUGUAUAAUUCGUCAUCUGGCUGGACUACUGGUCCUAGUAUGAAAUAUGUUCGAUAUGAUCACACUCUUACUGCUUUUGCAAAUGGUACGAGGGCUUUAGCUGCAGGUAGUCGUUAUCCUUUGUAUAGUCAAAGUGCUGAAGUAUAUGAUAGUUUAAGAAGAACGUGGAGCUUAUUAUCUGCAAAUAUGUCCUAUCCUCGUUAUUCACAUACGGCUGUGCUGCUUGGUAACGAGCAAAUACUCAUAGCAGGUGGGUUUAAUGCUAGCGGUAAAAGCACUGCCACUGCAGAAAUCUUUAACCCAUCAUCAAACACGUUUACAAAUCCAAGCACUAUGUUGUCUUCGCGUGCGGAGUUUACCAGUACAAUACUCGGUGAUAAAGCCACAGUGCUUGUUACCGGUGGUUUCGACGCUAAAAGCCAUCUUAUCUCUCAAGCAGAACUCUAUACUGGUGGCACUUGGACUGCUACUGCCACCAAUAUGAACGAGUAUAGAGCCUAUCAUUCCGCGCUCUUAUUAAAUGAUGGAACCGUUCUUAUUGCUGGCGGUGGUGACGGUGUGUCAAUGUCGUUUUCGAGUGCAGAAAUUUAUAACGUUACCUCCAACCAAUUCACGUUAGUAGGAUCGAUGAAAUAUCGGCGAGCAUUAUUUACGUUGACACUUUUACCAUCAGGCAAGGCACUGGCAACAGGUGGUUUUGAUUGGACAAAUGAAACACAUCCAACCGUCUCGGAAUUAUAUGAUCCUAUGACAAAAUCGUGGUCGACUUCACAUAUACUCAACUAUGGCCGAAUGUAUCAUAAGAGCGUUUUACUUAACGACUCAGUUUUAACAAUCAGUGGACGAUCCAUCGCGUCUGGAUAUCUCAGAUCGACCGAAAAAUACUACUUUUGA